UGGACGCGGCGGGAGGUUUCCGCCGCCUCUGGCAGCAGCUCCGCUACCUGAAAGACUCCCGCGGCCGCUGUCGACGCCGACGCCGCCUUCCUCCUCCGUCCCCCCCGCCGCCGCCGCUUUCACCUUUUCGGGCCCCUCCGCCACCUCUCCACGACCUAGGCCCUCUGUUCCUGAGAGGAAGCCUUACUCGGGCCCCCUCGCGGGCCCGGCGCGCAGCCAUGGCUGACGGCGGGGGCGGCGGGGGCACCGGCGCGGUGGGUGGUGGCGGCUCGGGACCGGCCUCGGCGGGGGCGGCGGCUGGCGCCGGGGGGGCCGGCGGGAGCGGCGGCCCGAUCAACCCGGCCUCACUGCCUCCGGGCGACCCGCAGCUCAUCGCGCUCAUCGUGGAGCAACUCAAGAGCCGGGGUCUCUUUGACAGCUUCCGCCGGGACUGCCUGGCCGACGUGGACACCAAGCCAGCUUACCAAAACCUGAGGCAAAAAGUGGAUAAUUUUGUGUCAACACAUCUGGACAAGCAGGAAUGGAAUCCCACGAUGAACAAAAACCAAUUGCGAAAUGGUCUGAGGCAGAGUGUGGUUCAGUCAGGGAUGUUGGAAGCUGGAGUGGACAGAAUUAUUUCCCAGGUGGUGGAUCCCAAACUGAACCACAUCUUCAGACCACAGAUAGAACGAGCAAUUCAUGAGUUCCUGGCAGCCCAGAAAAAAGAAGCCAUGCCAGCACCACCUCCAGAGCCUGAAAGCCAGGACCCUGCUGCUCCAUCCCAGGACGCUUCCUAAAAAUAUGCCUGACAUAUUUUGGAAGCUCCAUUGAAUUAACGGUGAAGACCUGGAUUCAGUUACACAAGAGCACAACUUCAGAAUGAAGAUAGGCCGACGUCCUCACUGACUUCAGAAUUCAGUGUCGACUGUGGGGCGGUGUCAAGGGAAUAGGGAGCAAGUGGGGCUACAGAAAAGUUGGCCGUGUGGGCCCCACGUUGUGCUGCCGUCCAGCCAGCCUGUCCAAGAGGGUGACACCCCAUAGACACUACAGACAUAGUAAGAAACACUACAUCACUUUGGGGUUUGUCCUGAAGCGAACCUUUGUACUUGAACUUAGAGACUGUGUAUGGAUUUUAGGGUUUGUGCUUGAGGAUAAUCAGAAGCUACAGUGAAGGAACAUAACCAGUCCUAAAGAUGCAGUUUCAAAGAAUUGACAGUAAAAGUUAGCCAGGGGUGGUAGGGUUUUAACAAUGCUUAUUUGAUACUAUCAGUUUCUGAGAGUUGCAAAUCAGAGUUUACAAGCCAGUAGCAUCAAACAGCUGUAAGGUCACUGUGACCUCCUUGUAGGUGACUCUUUAGCUUCCACUUCCUUUCCCCUGCAAGAGGUGUCAGGAGCAGGACCCUGGAAUGCCUGAGGAGAUGCAGACUUAAGUGCAAGGAGAAACAUUGGCAGGCUCUCCAUCUAGGGCUUCUUCCUGUCGUGCAAGGGCUAGUGAGUUGGGUGUGUUUAUUUUUUUCUCACGUUUGUGUUUAGAAAGUGAAUAAAGGGACUUGAGUUUUGUAAUUAAAUCAUUUGAUACUCUGAAACUUCAACUAAUUCUUAGACCCCAGGUUGGAGCCCUGGGGUCCUUUCUGGGGUACCUUUCUCCUCUGUACCAUUCCUGUGCAAACACAUGACUUAGCGGUAGUGAAGGGCUGUAGACAUACCUUGGAACUGCCGUCGUUCUGCAGCUGGUGGGUGUACCUGGAAGUGGUCCUCUCUUCCCCGGACCAUUGCCUCUCCUCCUCUUUAGUUGAGGGCAGUGUGCUCUUUCCCGAACUUGCAGAAGUGUCACCAGGGGAUUUUAAACAACAUGCAGCCUGAUUUGGAAGUUCAGAAAGACCUGAAAGUUUCCGACAAGUUCCAAGUGAUGCUUUCACUGCUGACCCUUGCCAUUUUGCAUUCCAAGCUUUGGAUGAUAUCAGAAUUCACUUCAAACUAAGAGUCUUUGUUUCUUAGUUGAGACUUCUCCUGGAUAUUGUUACUCAGACUUUAACCUGUUCCACCUUUACCAUCAGUAACCACAAGUUAGGACUGCACUUCUGUGUUU